GUCUGGCGGCUAAUCGAAACGUUAAAGGAAGGUGCGUGACAGUCUCGGGCGACACGAUAAGAAAUUUGAUACGUUAUCGGCCAGAAGAGUGCCGUAUAUAUACGAUUAGACGGUGUCGACAGGAGCCCUACAGGUGGUGAGUGUUGAGUUGUCAAGAAUCAAAAUGGGGCUUCUCUUGUGCGUCGCCUUUCUGCUCGGCACUACUUUGUGCCUUGGACAGGAGCGUCCAGAAUGGGGCGAUGUGUACAAGGUCAAGGGGGUGUUGUACCUGCCCUACGCGGAGAUUCGGGAGCCCUUCACCGGUUACUUCGACGCUUCGCAAAACCUCAGCCGCAUAGACUACUACAGAGGAAUGGUGCAGACCAUCCAGGUGGCGCCGGACGCGGAAGAGGGCCGCUCCGAGACCCCUUAUGGCGCCAACUACAAGAUUGCCUACAUGCCGGACAAAGAGACUUGGCAGCCGCGCCGGACGUGCUUCCUCGUCAACGGUACCGUUAACAACACCGUGCCCCUGCAGGCUGUGCUUCCUGACGUCGCCUCCUUUGAGUUCGUGCGCCAGGAGUCGUGCUGGGAGGGCACAACCGCGGUGGACGAGCCGGCCGAGAGGGCAUCGUGUGAGCGUUUCCAACUGGUGGUGACCAACGAGAACCGGGUGAGCAAGUACACCCUGUGGGUGUCCCGGGACGGCCAGGGCAGGGCGGUGCCCCGCCGCUACCUCAUGAUGGGCUACAACACCCUGCUGGGAUCCCACUUCGACAAGUACGAGCUCAUCUACCACGGCUUCUCCCGCAAGCCACUCCCAUCGUCUGUGUUUGACAUCACCCACCUCAUCAACGAGACCUGUCGCCGAUUCCCGGGCCCCGGCGCCGAACACCUGGCACUCCACAGCCCCAUGGCGGAGUUUAUGAACGGCCAUGAUGCUCACAUGCAUUCCGCCUUUGACAAGUUCAGGGAGGAUCACAGCCGUGACUACGGACACCAUACUGAGCACGAGAGGCGACGUGACAUCUUCAGGCAGAACCUCAGGUUCAUCCACUCUACGAACAGGGCCAACCGCGGCUACACCGUAAAGGUGAACCACCUGGCUGACCGUAGCAGCGACGAACUGGGCUACCUGCGUGGGCGGCUGCAGUCGCGGGCGCCCACCAACGCCCUGCCUUUCCCGAAGGACAGGUUCAGCUCGGACUUGCCCGACUACGUGGACUGGAGGCUGUAUGGAGCGGUGACGCCCGUGAAGGACCAGGCCGUCUGCGGAUCCUGUUGGAGCUUCGGCACCGUGGGCGAACUGGAGGCCGCACUCUUCCGCAAGACGGGGAAGCUGACCCGGCUCUCGGAGCAGCAGCUGGUGGACUGCAGCUGGAACCAGGGGAACAACGGAUGCGAUGGAGGAGAGGACUUCCGCGCCUACGAGUACAUCCGUGCUCACGGCCUCGCCACCGACGAGGACUACGGGGCCUACCUGGGACAGGACGGCAUUUGCCACGACACCAAGGUGAACGCAACAGUGACCACCAUCAAGAACUACAUCAACGUGACGGACAAGGAGUCGCUGCAGAAAGCCCUGGCCAACGUGGGGCCCGUGUCAGUCUCCAUCGACGCGGCGGUCAAGGCGUUCACCUUCUACUCCAAUGGAGUCUUCUACGACCCCAAGUGCCGUAACGACACGGACGGCCUGGACCAUGCCGUGUUGGCCGUGGGCUAUGGAACCCUGCAGGGGGAGCCCUACUGGCUGAUCAAGAACUCCUGGUCCACCUACUGGGGAAACGACGGCUACGUGCUCAUCAGUCAGAAGGACAACAACUGCGGGGUGGCCAGCCAGGGCACCUACGUCGAGCUCUAGCAUUUCAAGACGACGAGCCCUUCUGCACAAUACCCUUGCAAAAGGUCUCUUUUGCAGACAAGGUUAACACAACUGGUUUACAUAUAUGGAGAAAUAGACACAAUUUUUCUAUGUACAUAAAGAAAUGCCUGCAAUAAACGGAGCUGAACGUUUGUUUAAAA